AACAACACCAACAAUGACCAGCUCUCCCCUCCCGCCUAUGCAGUACCGCUUUCUCGGCCGCUCCGGCCUGAAAGUCAGCGUGAUCUCCCUCGGCGGCUGGCUGACGCACGGCGGCCAUACAGGGGACGAGAUCGCGUUGCAGACGAUGAAGCGGGCGUUCGACUUCGGUGUGAACUUUUUCGAUUCCGCUGAAGGGUAUGCCGCUGGCCGUGCGGAGAUCCUCUUGGGAAAGGCGAUCAAGCAGUUCGGCUGGGAGAGGGAAGACUUGGUCAUCUCCACUAAGUUGUAUUGGGGUGAACGACCUGAUGGCAGCAAGGGCAUAAACGAUGUUGGCCUGUCCCGCAAGCACAUCCUGGGCGGAAUGCGCAAAUCCCUCCAGCGCCUGCAGCUCGACUACGUUGAUCUCAUCUACGCGCAUCGGCCUGAUCGGUAUACACCGAUGGAAGAAGUCGUGCGCGCGUUCAACUACCUCAUCAGCUCAGGCCAGGCGUUGUACUGGGGCACGAGCGAGUGGAGUUCAGAGGAAAUCGCGGAUGCUUGGGGGGUCGCAAACCGACUGAACUUGGUUGGUCCGCUAAUGGAGCAGCCAGAGUAUAACAUGCUCAAGCGUGACCGUUUCGAACGAGAGUACGAGCCGCUCUUUCGCAAAUGGGGCACUGGGACGACUGUCUUCUCGCCUCUGCGGCGUGGCAUCCUCACGGGCAAGUACGAUAAGGGCGUGCCUGAGGAUUCGAGGGCUGCGAAGGAGGGCGGGUGGUUCAAAGAUGAGAUUAGUGGACCACAGGGCUUGAUUACCAUCGAGCGCGUGAAAAAGCUCAAGACGGUAGCAGACAAGCUCAACUGUUCGCGUGCGCAGCUCGCUCUUGCAUGGACGAUUGCCGAUCCCAACGUCAGCAGCGCGAUCAUCGGCGCGACCUCCGUUGAGCAGAUUGACGAGAAUAUCGCCGCCCUCUCAGUGGUGGACAAGCUCACGCCCGAGGUCAUGGCGGAGAUUGACGCCAUCUUGGAGAACAAACCCAAGGCAGAUACAUGGAGGUAUGACUAGGCGGUGAGGGUAUCGGAGUUCGGAGAGAGCUGCACCACUCGGCCAGGCGAUAAAUGAUGAUGGCAGA